UGGCCCCGCCUUGCAUGGCUACAGGAAGCGCCUCCACCUUACCUAGAGAUUUGCCAGAGUGUUUAGAAAAAAGAAGUAAGGCCGAAGUUAAAUCGAAUGAUUUGAUCGAAGACAUCCGCAACAGUUUCUGCCAGUUUGGUGUAAAACCUGUGUCGACUGUGGUUUGAUAAGAAGAACCAAGUGAAAAACAUGAUUUCGUUCAUGCACUAAAUGUAGCAGUGUAGCCUGCUAACGUUAAAUAAAACGUAAAGACACGUGGGAGCCUGUGCUGUGUGGUUGACCACUGGAAUGUCUUGUUGACUGAAAUCUUGUUUCAUUGAAUAUCAGACCAUGGCCCAGGGCAGUGGGGUCCAGUACGAGCCAGUGGCAGAGAUUGGAGGGGGUGCGUACGGAACGGUGUACAAGGCUCGGGACCUGGAGAGUGGCCAGUUUGUUGCUCUGAAGAGUGUUCGCGUCCAGACGGACCAAGAUGGCCUCCCUAUCUCCACGGUCCGAGAAGUGGCCCUGCUGAAGAGACUGGAGCAGUUUGAUCAUCCCAACGUGGUCAAGCUCAUGGACGUGUGUGCCACCCUGAGGACAGAUCAGGAGACUAAAGUCACCCUGGUAUUUGAACACGUGGACCAGGACCUGAAGACCUACCUAGAGAAGGCCCCUGCCCCAGGACUGCCCCCCAGCCACAUCAGAGACCUGAUGCGUCAAUUGCUGUGCGGCCUGUCAUUCCUACACUCAAACCGUGUGGUGCACCGGGACCUGAAGCCAGAGAACAUCCUGGUCACCAGCCGUGGUCAGGUUAAGCUGGCCGACUUUGGACUGGCCAGGAUCUACAGUUGCCACAUGGCCCUUACCCCUGUGGUGGUGACUCUGUGGUACAGGCCUCCUGAGGUCCUGCUCCAGUCCACCUACGCCACGCCGGUGGACAUCUGGAGCACGGGUUGCAUCUUUGCUGAGAUGUUCCGACGCAAACCGUUGUUCUCUGGAGACUCUGAAAUGGACCAACUGGGAAAGAUAUUCAAUGUGAUUGGCCUGCCACCCAUGGAGGAGUGGCCUGCUGAUGUCACCCUCUCACGACACAACUUCAGUCCUAUCAGCCCCCGCCCAAUCACAGACUACGUUCCUGAGAUCAAUGAGCAGGGGGCAGAGCUGCUUUUGAAAAUGCUAACCUUUGACCCUCUAAGAAGAAUCUCUGCCCUAAACGCUCAAGAACAUCCUUACUUCCAGGAGGAUGAGGAGGAAGUGACAAAUGGUUGAAAUGCAGUGAAUGACAUCGAAGGAUGGGACCGUGAGGAAUGGUUCACAUCAACUUGGAGAAGUGAGGAAUGAAAGGACUGUAUAGUACAAGCCAAGCUCUUGAAUCAUGACAUUUUAAUUGGAAAGUUGUAGCGGAGAAGGAAACAUUAAAGUAAUCAAGUCCACAGUGAGUUGAAAGGCAGGUACAACAGCAGAAGGAACAAGUGUGAGAGAUAAGGACAGUCCUAAAUUACAUCCUAUUCUGUGUAUAGUGCACUACUUUUGACCAAGGUCCAUAGAGCUCUGGGCCCGGUUUCCCAAUAGCAAUGGAACUGAUCCACUGUUUACAUCCUGACAGUACACGAUAUGUGAUCUUCAGAUCUUGCCCGCUAAUGAACGGACAAGUUUGGUGUUUGUAACGCAAGAUGGAGGAGAGAUAGCAAAAUAUGACCUUUUCAUUCAAUAUAUUGUUUCAGGUGAUAACAUGUUUAACUUUUUUUUUCAACUUCUUUCUUUACCUUUUAUAGCAUGUCAAGCUUGCUUGCACUGCAGAGCAGCUAGCUAGAUAGGCUACGUUUUAGAUACCACUGUAGCUAGCGACCUCCUCCUAAUGAUUAUCCUAUAAAAUAAACGUCAUUACCAUCAAACUUAAAUGGCAGGCAACAGUCAUAUUAACUCAGCAAAAAAAGAUACGCCUUUUUCAGGACCCUGUCUUUCAAAGAGCAUUCGAGCACCUGUGGAACGGUCAUUAUGACACUAACAGCUUACAGACUGUAGGCAAAUAAGGUCACAGUUAUGAAAACUUAGGACACUAAAGAGGCCUUUCUAUUGACUGAAAAACACAAAAACAAAUAUGCCCAGGACCCCUGCUCAUCUGCGUGAAUGUGACUUAGGCAUGAGGACUGCAGAUGUGGCCAGGGCAAUAAAUUGCAAUGUCCGUACUGUGAGACGUCUAAGACAGCGCUACACAAUGGACCGCUGAUCAUCCUCGCAGUGGCAGACCACGUAUCAACACCUGCACAGGAUCGGUACAUCUGAACAUCACACCUGCAGGAUGGGCAGUUGUUGCCGAGUUACACCAGGAACGCACAAUCCCUCUAUCAGUGCUCAGACUGUCCGCAAUAAGCUGAGAGGUUGGACUGAGGGCCUGUUCUAAGGCAGGUCCUCAUCAGGAACAACGUUGCCUAUGGGCCCAAACCCACUGUUGCUGGUCCAGACAGGACUGACAAAAAGUACUCUUCACUGACGAAUCACAGUUUUGUCUCACCAGGGGUGAUGGUCGAAUUCGCAUUUAUCGUCGGAAGGAAUGAGUGUAACAGUAUAACUUUAGACCGUCCCCUCGCCCAUACCCGGGCGCGAACCAGGGACCCUCUGUGCACAUCAACAACAGUCACCCACGAAGCAUCGUUACCCAUCGCUCCUCAAAAGCCGCGGCCCUUGCAGAACAAGGGGAACUUCUACUUCAAGGUAAGUGACGUCACCGAUUGAAACGCUAUUUAGCGCGCACCACCUCUAACUAGCUAGCCGUUUCACAUCCGUUACAUGAGCGUUACACCGAGGCCUGUACUCUGGAGCAGGAUCGAUUUGAAGGUGGAGGGUCCGUCAUGAUCUGGGGCGGUGUGUCACAGCAUCAUCGGACUGAGCUUGUUGUCAUUGCAGGCAUCUCAACGCUGUGCGUUACAGGGAAGACAUCCUCCUCCCUUAUGUGAUACCCUUCCUGCAGGCUCAUCCUGACAUGACCCUCCAGCAUGACAAUGCCACCAGCCAUACUGCUCGUUCUGUGUGUGAUUUCUUGCAAGACAGGAAUGUCAGUGUUCUGCCAUGGCCAUUGAAGAGCCCAGAUCUCUAUCCCAUUGAGCAUGUCUGGGACCUGUUGGAUCAGAGGGUGAAGGCUAGGGCCAUUCACCCCAGAAAUAUCCGGGAACUUGCAGGUGCCUUGGUGGAAGAGUGGGGUAACAUCUCACAGCAAGACCUGGCAAAUCUGAUGCAGUCAAUGAGGAGGAGAUGCACUGCAGUACUUAAUGACGCUGGUGGCCACACCAGAUACUGACUGUUACUUUUGAUUUUUAUUCAACUUCUGUUAGUCACAUGUUAAGUUUGCUGAAAAUAAAGGCAGUUGAGACUGAGAGGAUGUUUCUUUUUUUUGCUGAGUUUGUAAUUGGCUUAACAGCCAAUGUGUAUUUAACAUUAUUAAAAUAGUACUCACUUAUAGGAAUGGGUAAUUGUUUACAAGUUGCUAGCUAUCCCAUUAAGCCAUGAUUGAAAACAUUUUCAUCUUCUGUGGUUUGAUAUCUUCCUGUUCUUUGACUGACUCUGGCUGGAGUAAAGACGACGUAACAGAGCCUUCAACCACAAGGGGGCGUUGCGAUUCCAAAACCUCUUCACAUUACCAAUAAGCACUCCGACUACGUUGCAACCGAGUGGUAACGCAACGCCCCCUUGUUAAAUAAUACACAUUGGCUGUUAAACCAAUUAUAUUAUGACUGUUGCCUCCCGUUAAAGUUUGAUGCUAAUGAUGUUUGAUUUAUAAUUAUUUAAUGGAGGUCGCUAGCUACAAUGCUAUCUUCAACCUUGCCUAGCUAGCUUGACUUGCUAUAAAAUUAGAGAAAGUUGAGGAAAAAUGAACUAAACAAAAACAUGUUUGUCACCUGAAACAACAUAUUUAUUCUGUUUUGAAUGAAGAGGUCAUAUUUAGCAAAAUACAAAAUAAACAAAAUCUCCCAAAAUAAAUAAAAUCUCUGAAGAGGGACAGGCUCUCCUCUAUCUUGUGUCAACAGAGAUACGCAUAAACUAUGUUUAGCGAGAUCUUGUGUGUGUAUAGUGACGUGGGAGGGCAAAAAAAGCAUCUAACGGCGCACUUAGCUGUUCUACGAAUGGUCUUGAGGCAGGUGUUAGAUUACAAGUGUUUAAGUGCAAUGUUAAUAACGAAGGAGAUCGUUACAACGAUGCAUUUGGGAAACCGGGCCUUCGUCAAAAGUAGUACACUAUAUAGGGAAUAGGGUGCCAUUUGGGUCAGAGAAAGGCAACAGGAAGCUGAGACGUUGCCACAAUCUAGAACAGGAAGUCAAUACCAGGGCUGAGUCCACCCUCGUCAGGACAGAUGUGAGUCAUUCUGUCAAUCAUGGUGAAGUGAAGUGAGAGAGUUGAGUCAGAGGAUGUGAAGUGGCAGCAGUCUUGGAGCGUUUGGAAUCUCAGGGUCACUGAUUCUUAGACUGCGUUUAGACAGGCAGCCCAAUUCUGAUUUUUUUUUUUACUCAUUGGUCUUUUGACCAAUCAGAUCAGCUCUGAAAAAGAUCUGAUGUGUAAGCAAAUACACACAACACAGCCUGUGUAAACGCAGCCUAAGUGACCGCUUGGGGACUGUCUGAACAUACUAACUCCAACCCACUGCUGUGCAUAGGUACUGUACAACCAAGGACUUUUAGCAGGUUUACCAUCAAGUGCAGUACUUAAUACUGAAUGGAACUCGUUCCUUAACUCUUUUCUCUAAAAGGUGUGUCCCAUUGGCUGUUUUGUGAAAGUGAAAAAUUAACGGUAUUUAGAUAGGUGGUUAAAAUCCAUAUCCAUAGUUUGAAACUUCCUCCAAGAUAGGAUCAAUGAGACAAGGGGUUCUUAAACUUUUUCACCCUGGGACCCAAAUGAGAAAUUCAGUGUUUUCCUGGGACUGAAGCUUGUAAAAAUAUGCCUCAUUUGGGGGCCCUAAGUGAGAUUUGGUGAGGAGGCCCUCUUCACCUUGCGGGCAAAACAUUUUAGUGGCGCUGCUCUUGACAGUGGAGAUACAUUUAAGUGUUAAUUUCCUGACAUUCUACACAUGCCACGGUGUGGAGAGAACAAUUAGCAAUAAUAAUAAAAAAAUGCAAUUCAACUCA